AACUCAUCAGAAACUGAACUCAUCAAAUGCCUAAUCUCUCGACUUCAUUUUCAUUUUUUCCUCUAUGUUGCAAACUUCAUUGAUUUUUUUCCAGCGGAACUCCAUUGAUUUUUCCCUGGCGAUUGCGACAUCCUUCUCUCUCCAGAUCUAUGAGAUUCACAUACUCAAUCACUCUCUGUUCAAAGUCGAAUCUCAUAAACACUCUCUGUUUAAAUUCACUCGAACACUCAUUCGAGACUAUCUCAGGCGACAGGCAAUUCCGUCUACCUCAGGCAGCUCCAAAGUCUCCGGAACAGCAGCACUGUCAGCAAAAGAACCGGAGGGUCUCCCAUUUUGCGCCAUUCGAUAUGCUCUGACCGGUAUAUUUGGUUCUCUGAUUUGCUCAAUUAAGGCAGUCGGGCAAAGCUUGCUUGCAGAAUUCACUGCCUUAUAUGGUCUUGUUGAGAGUUCUUGUUAA